CAACGUAAUAAUUUUGUACAGAGAUUUGUUCGAUACAGGAUAUUUUUUAUUCCCGUUUUUGAAGUUUCCCCUCGUUUUAUUUCUCGUUACAAUGUUAAAAUUGCAAAUAUCUAAUGAAAGUGAUCGAAAAGAAGCUCAGAACAGAGAGAGAAGGAGGCAGUGCGAACUCGAAAGAAGAUCCAGGAUUUUUAAUGCCAGAAAUAGGAAAAUUGGCGUAGAUGUCCCAUUCUUAGAGCGUCAGAUAGCGGAGAAACGAGUAGAACGUGAUGAACAGGAGCGACGGGAUCUUGCGUUCGCGCAGCAGAUGAUCAAAGACAGCAACCUCGCCGUCAUACUAGAGGCUAGAGAGAAAGAGGAGCGACGGCGAAUCGAUGUGGAAGUUAACCAGUUUCGACAAAAGUACCAGCGCCCGGAAGACCGACGAGAGUUUGAUUUGAACGAUCCUGAUAUUCUGAAGAAGCAGUUGCCGCCAAGAGCUUCCGAUGGCGAGCCGGUGGGCCUGUCCAGCGCUCAGAAGUUCGAGGGUGAGGAUUUGGCUUUAGAGGAACGUCUCAAAAUAAUGGCUGAGCAGAAAACUGCCUGGCUCGAGCAACAAGUUCAAGAGAGGAAAGCGGCUGAGGAAGAAAGAAAAAAGGCGGAAGCCGCCUACAUGAUGGCCAUUAAAGCCCGUGAUGAACGUGCUAGCGAAUUGAACAAGCUAGAACGAGAGUGCCGCUACAGACUGGGGCAAGCAAAUUUGCGCUACAACGAAGCUUUGGCAGCGGAAAAGAAGCAAUUGGAGCAGAUAAUGAAAGAGCAAGAAGAAGCGGAUAACACAGCCGAAAUGUACAACAAUCUCACAUCGGAUAUGCUAACGGAGAAUCCAGAUGUUGCCAAGAGCGCACUUGGUAAAAACAGAGCUAUCGGCUUUAUGUACAAAGGGAUGAAUCAGGAGGAGCUGAAGAAAUUCUAUGCGGCACAAAAGGAACAAAUGGCAGCGGCUAAGGCUAAAAGAGAUGCACAAGACAAAAUGGAGGCUGAAUGGCAAGCACUUGCCAAAUCUAUACAGAGAGAAGUUGCGCGCCAGGAUAUCGCCGAUCAAAGGACAAGGAGAGACAUCGCCCGUCAGCUCAUGGAGGAAAACCAGCUGCUAGCUCUCCAGCAGAAGGAGAAAGAGAAGUAUUACCGCGAAGUGGUGUACAGUAAUACCCCAACGGACGAAUACUACGCACAGUUCAACACGACUACCAGAUAAUGAAUCAUCGUAUAUGUAUAUUUUAGCAGUUGAUUUACUGUUUGUGAACAAAUUAAUUCUUGAUCACUACAAUGGCUCAUCUCAAGGGUGCAUUAACAUACUGACAAUUUAAAAACAAUAAUUUGACAUUUUGUUCAAAAAUAUUUCAGCUUUGACGAAAUUAAUUCAAUUUAAACAAUUCGAAAGAACUCUUUCAUUAAAAAUAGAUUUAACCAAAUUGGGUAAGGUUUUGACGAUAAUAUUGUGUAAUAAAAAGUACAGUCAUCUUGGAAUCGUCUAUGUCUGAAGUUGAUUAAAAUUAGCGCCAAAAAGAUUUUAGCGUAUAAUACAUAAAGUAAUAAAAUAUUUAGUGCUUUCAAUUUUUAAAGGCGAACAAUGUUACUCUUUGUGUGAAUUUCACUACAAUUUUUUUGUUCUAAUAUGAAUGACGUAUGUUAAAUGAUGAAUUUGAAUCAGAUAUGUAAUGAGAUAAUAAUCUGAAAAUAACGAGUGUUUUAUUAGAACAUUUAGAUAUUACCUCGUCUUGAUAUUUAAUUUAAUUUUAAUAAACCUGUUUAUUUCUUA